AGGGUAGGUUAUCUUGCUGGACACCUUUACUAUUUAGAACAGGUCUGCCCACUGUACAUCACCGUGUAGCGGUGAUAACCAACAAGAUGAUAAUAAGUGAUACAUCCAGCACAACGUAACGGGGACGCUGUACCGACAUUGGCGUAAGAAGUAGCUAAGUGUACCAAAGUGUACGCCGUGGUUUAAUCAGCAGAUAAGCCAAUGAUAUCAACAGCAAGGACGUCCACUUUCACGACCAAUGAAAUGUUGACGACACGCUCGAUGAAAGAAACCUGACCUCUUAGGUAGUCAGUUUCUAGCUCAUCUCGACAGAUUCUUAAGGUAGACAGUUUCUAGCACAUCUCGACAGACUCUUUAGCAAACUCUGGUUCCUGUUUUCAUUAGUAGAACCCAUUAGGUGUGGAUAGGAUCUUUUGGAAUACGUUUCUGUUAGUGGGAGGAACUUCAAGACUUCAGGAUUUUCUAGUUUACAGAAAAGACUUCAAAUGAUUCAACAACUGUGUUUAUAGUAUAGUAAUGAAUUUCUCUAGACUUCUUCCUUACUCCGGUCAAUGCCAUGACAAGAAAUACAACAAGUUUCACCCCACGACUGCACGUUAUGACCUCACAGUCAAGCCAUGAUCUCACACUCCAGAUAGCUUUUGCAUCACAGCGCGUGUACUUUUGUUCCUUGUAACCUAGACGCUAACGCCAUUUUACUUUGGAAGUACUUACGACGUCAUUUACGUACAAGAUAAUCAGACGCAGCCAAUAGAAUUUCGCCAACAAUUUGAAAUCUCCAAACACGACCGAAGUGACGCCAGCGAGAAGUUCGCUUGCACAACGUCACUUCAGACAUAUUGACGCGCAAAAGUCAAAAGGAGAGAGAGCGAAAAAAAUCUCCUUCUCAACAAGCUAGAUGAAAAACUUUCCUGAUGAUACUUAACAAGGCAUGCUACAUUGAAACGACGUAAUUGCACGGGCGAAAAUAAACAAGCCUGCAAAACUCUAUUCGGUAUGGAUUACCUGCAUCUAUCGUAGGCUAAGGCUGUACGUUUUUCUGUUGGUUUGUUGUUUUUUCUGUUCAGUUCAUCGUAAAAUGGAUUAAGUAAACACAAAAUCGAUAUUGACUAGUGCGUGUGUCAUGUGAAAAUGUCUAUGACAUCGGAAAUUUUAUUACUUAUCAAUGUGACAAAUUUUCUGAAUAUCAAUGCGGAUAACACACUCUACGUCUACUCAGGGGGAGGCAAUCUGACCUCAGACGACAGCACUUUCGCACCAAAUUUCACUUCCCACUGUGACCGUUCUAUCAAUGGAUUGGAAAAUUUACACUUUUACUUCAACGGCGUCACCAUGGCCGUGGUGGUGAUCUUAGGAGCCGUUGGCAACACACUGGCCAUCAUUGUCCUGACGCGACGGACGAUGCACACGUCCACUAACGUAUUCCUCACGGCGCUGGCCAUCUCGGACAAUUUGGUGCUGGCCAACAGCCUGUGCCUCCUCAGUCUGUCCGAACUGUCGACGCCUUUUCAAAAAUACAUCUUCGCCUACGUUGUGGUGUAUGUGUACCCCGCGGGGUUGGUGGCGCAGACGGCCACGGUCUGGCUGACAGUGUCUUUUACGGUGGAGCGCUACAUAGCCGUUUGCCACCCGCUAAGGGCGGCCAGCAUGUGUACUAUACCCCGGGCCAGGCUCGUGGUCGUUGCCAUACUGGCUAUUUCUAUCGUGUACAAUAUACCGAGAUGGUUUGAAUACACGGUCCUAGAGCUACCAGACACGAUCAACACCACCUGCCUGGUCCCAGCCAAGACGCAACUGGCCGAAGAUUCCAUCUACCAUCGGAUCUAUUUCGGCUGGUCGUACUUCAUCGUCAUGUGCUCCAUCCCCAUCUGCUCGCUGACCAUCCUCAACGCAUUCCUUAUUGUAGCGGUCCGGCGGUCCAAGAGACAGCGGCGAGACAUGAACGUCAAACAGUCCCGCGAGAACAACGUCACCAUCAUGCUGGUCUCCGUCGUCAUGGUGUUCAUAGUUUGUCAGGUGCCGGCCCUCAUCUACAACAUCGCCUACAGCAUCAGCAUGAACAGGGUCACGGAGUCGGUCAGCUGGAGCAUUCUCAGCAACAUAAGGAACAACCUGGUUACGCUCAACAGCGCCAUCAACUUCAUCCUCUACUGCGCCUUGGGGCAGAAAUUUCGACGCACCUUCGUGCGCUCCCUUUGUCCGUGCCUGAUGAGGCGGCUGCCGGGUCGUUUUCAGUCUUUCAGUUUCCAUCACAAUAUAGACACACAAAACAAAUCCAGCAACAACGGCAACUGCUACCCUAAAGUGGGAUACAAGCAGUGCAGGGCGGACGCCCCUAGCGAGCAAGACGUGGCUUUGGACAUGAAAGUCCUCAGGUCAAAGUACUCCCCUCGAGAGUCCACCGACUCGAACGGGUCAGUGGAAGGGACUGAACUCUACCUGACAAAUAACUCUCAACGCAGCCAACAUAAGUUAUUGACUCCUGGCAGCAAAAGUAGCAAAGCGAGCUGAAGUGUUAACAAACAUAGCAUGGACAAGACCCCUCAUUCAGUGGGGGAAAAAAUUUACAUUAAGUCUUAGCUGAAAUAAGAAGUCACUAUAGACCGUCGACUUCUCCACUUGGUUAAAAAAAAAAAAAAGGUUUUCUUUUGACAAUGUUGUUUAAGAUAGACGAGGGUGUGCACAAUACCAGACAGAAUAUUAUACACACAUAGACUCUCUAUAUCAAAUCAAUUGUUUUGUGUCAUGUUUUCAUCGGCUAGUUUUCAUGAUUUAAUACUUGUGAUUACAAUGUAGAGAGAAACGUUAUUGUUCUAUACAUGUAUGAAAUAGGAAUCACUGUACCAUUGUUAGCCGUGACUUUGUUGCUAGACAACCGUGUUCUUCUUUAAAUGUUAUUGCAGCCAUGAUGACAAAAUGCCAAGCAUUUACAUGUCAUUUUGCACUUUUUACCAGACAGACGGACAGACAGAUGAACGUACUUCCAUGUCAUCUCUCGUUCACGUGUUUAUAUAACAUCAAAACAAAAUAAACAAUUGAAAUGCAUCUAGGGUUUAGUCCAUUUCCUGUUUUGUGGAAAUUAUUUCUUGUUCAACUAAAUUCCCUUGAGGGAGAAUUAGUGCUGGGCCAAUAACUUAGAUCUAGAAAAGAACUACAAAAAAAAUAUGAAUAAUGGUGUGAAUAUUAAGUGUCUCUUUUUACACAACCAAUUAACCAAUAUCUGAAUGUGACGCAUAUACAUUUUUUUUUCAAUGAAACGGAAUUUUUAAAACACUUUUUUUUUUGUUUAGUCUGACUAAUGACCGGAACAAAGCUCACGUGACAAGUUUAUAAUGAAAGGGGAAACUACAAGAGGAAAAUGUAGAACAAAAAGCUAUAAAUAAAGUUCACACUCUCUCUUAAAAGAAUAAUUUCACUUUACAGAAUCUAUCUUUAUUUUUAUUCAGUACUGAGAUUAAGAGAUUACAUUGCUAACAACACAUUAGGCACUAACAUAAGUUUAUGGUUUACACAACGGUUCACGUUAAAAUUGUUCAUAAACUGUCCAUACUUGACGAUCACUGGGUUGUCCAUUGUCCUGUGCUGUAGACGAACGAAGUUAUUGGGAUUCUUUUGGAAGAAUCUAUCAAUAUUAUAUGCCAGACGUAUGGACAAUAUGAAAGACACUGUGUUCAUUUAUAUAUUAUGUAGUUAAUUUCGCAGUUUAAAAAAUGGUUCUAGUGUAUAUGGAUACAAUAAUUUAAAAGAAAAAUGUGUUCGCUUUCGUAUAUACUAUGAGAAGCCAUUGAAUCCACUUUAAACAAGAUGAAGCUUAUAAUUUUUUAGAAAGUCACAGGCGGAAGCUUUAUCAACAAAUAUCAUUGUUAUUAUAUUUAAAAAGAAGAAAAAGCAUAUGAAUAUAUAUAAAUACAUAUAUACCUAUACAUAAUAAAUCUGUGUGAU